CUUGCUCCUCUUCAAGGGUAAAUAAUGGCACAGUAAAGAGUGUCGUUAGCACGCAACAAGUCCUAAGCGCGUCGGCGUAGGACGUGCGUCGAGUCGGGACGCUUAUGUAUUGUCGCGGUUUCGCGCCAAUUCACGGCCGCAGUGAUGGGACGCGCGCUCCGCGGACGGGACACGCUUGCAUCGAACACCGUUGCUCGUGAUCCGAAUGCGUUUAGCCGAAAAUUAUCAUUUUAAAUCGAAAGUUUUAAUUCGCAUUCUAAUCUCGCAAUACGAUUUUAAAAGCGGAAUCAUGAAUUUAAAACAAAAAAAAAAACCUGGUGACGUCCGUCUUGUCGAUAACAUUAUAGUAUGAUGCAAAUAGAUACUUGUUAUUAUUUGAGCUGCAUGCUGCAGAAUAAUCUUUGGGGCCGAUCUGUUGACUUUAAAUUAGUGAUGAGAGAUGGUUGAAGAGAUGAAUACUACGCCCGCGUCGGCACCUCACCGUUCGCCGACUCCAGAACUGCACGCGGCUUACACAACUUUCGAAAUUCUGGUUGCUUUAGUGGCAGUCAUCGGCAAUGCUAUGGUGAUAUUUGUGUUUCGUCGCGAUCGGAGGUUGCGACGUCGAACUAACUAUUAUAUAGUGUCUCUAGCCGCAGCCGAUUUUCUAGUAGGCCUAUUGGGGAUACCGUUUGCUAUUCUAGCUUCGGUAGGAUUGCCGAGGAAUCUCCAUGCGUGUCUCUUCACAGUUUCAUUACUAGUGAUGUUGUGCACAAUCAGUAUUUUCUGUCUGGUGGCCGUCUCUGUGGAUCGAUACUGGGCUAUUCUUCACCCCAUGUGUUAUUCCAGAAAUGUCCGGACAAGAACUGCUAUAGGAAUAAUCUCUGUUUGCUGGGUAGCUGGCGCCGUAGUUGGACUACUACCUUUGUUUGGUUGGCACGCAGUAGUGGACUCGGCUCCGGGAUGCUAUUUCGUAGACGUCAUGGACUACAAUUAUUUGCUGUUCCUCUAUUUUGCGACAAUCGUGACUCCGAGCGUCUUGUUAGCUGCUUUCUAUGCCCACAUCUACCGAGUGGUUGUUAAGCAGUUGAGCCAGGUAAUGACUGUCGAGGGCGGGCACGGACGCAUCGCCGGCGGUGGAACCAUGCUCCGUGUGCUUGGGGCGGCGCAGAAACGCGAAGUAAAAGCUACUCAAAACCUUGCGGUCAUCGUUUUUUUCUUUAUACUAUGCUGGAUGCCACUUUAUACCAUCAACGCUGUCAAAGCAUUCAUGCCAGAGCUGGACAUUCCGAACCCUCUUACGUAUUUUUGUAUUAUCUUCUCUCAUCUUAAUUCCGCCAUCAAUCCCUUGUUGUAUGCGUAUCAUCUUAAAGAUUUUCGUGCUGCCCUGAAAGGUCUGAUAUGCACAAUGAUAGGACACGGAGUGCCGAUGCCGGCUGCUUACAGACCGCCAGUGCCUAUGUCGAGACCGGCUUUGGAAAGGUGUAACGCUUUGAGAGAGCGUCCCCGUAUGUACACAGAUUCACCUGUGUGGCUCCGUCAAAAGGAAAUGGAGAACAGUCUCGCGGAGAAAAAUAGAGCGGUGACACCUUCAGUACCUGUAGUCAAUGAUAUAGAACCGUUUCUGAAGAAAGCUAAUGAUAGUUCAAGCGGAUGUGUUACACCCGAUGCUAGGCUCAGCGAGACCGGCCCUUAUGUCAUAGAGAACAGUCCAGAUAAUAUUCCUUACAAAAGAGUCGAAGACUUCAUUAGGAGAGUGCGUAGUGCUAGUGAUGAACAUAGCUGACCCGAGCCCUGCCGAGCUAUCUCGGCGUAUAGCGUCGUUUGAACUAGAAGCUUUACAUUCCUUGUGAGACUAAAAUUAGAUUAUUAAUAUACACAUUAUUUACACAAUAGAAGAUAAACAAUUAGUCAUGUUUGUAAUAUUGUAGUAUAAAAUUAAAUUAUUGUGAAAAUAAAAUGUUUCUGAAAUUUAGAAUGUAUAUUUGUUGUUGUUUUGUGAUCAGUACGUUAUUGUUCCGUUGGAUUUGAAUUAUGGAUGUUCGCGAAUUUGUUGAUUGUUGCUUAAAAUAAAAAGUGAAAAAAUAA